GACGGUCCUACCACGUAUCACAACACCAUAAGAAUGUUUAGGAAAGAUGCCGGAAGCCGUUUUCAAUGCUCCCUCUUGUCGUUACUCGAUUGGGAGACUUUGUGAGUACCUAGAGAAGGAGACGGAUAGCAUUUCAGGAUGAUUUGUUCGGGUCGGGUUUUGACUGCUUCGUGUCCGGUAAAGCCUCUAUGUCCGUACAAUUCUCGUUACUCCGGCUCCGGAUUUGUAUAUGUGAAGUCCAGAGUCUCCAGACUGAACUCCAAAUGGCGAUUCAAGGCGUCCGAUCCGGAGUCGCCUUCUUUCGCGCCUUCGAUUGACUCCGAUUCCGCUGAUAAAACCGCCGCCGGAUUUUGUAUCAUAGAAGGGCCUGAGACGGUGCAGGACUUUGCAAAAAUGGAAUUGCUAGAGAUUCAAGAUAACAUUCGGAGUCGGCGGAAUAAAAUCUUCCUGCAUAUGGAGGAGGUUCGUAGGCUGAGAAUACAACAGAGGAUUAAAAAUGCGGAGCUUGGAAUUAUAAAGGAAGAGCAAGAGAAUGAACUCCCUAAUUUUCCGUCAUUCAUUCCAUUUUUACCUCCUUUGAGCUCUGCGAAUCUUAGGCUGUAUUAUGCCACUUGUUUUUCGCUUAUUGCUGGGAUCAUCAUUUUCGGCGGCCUUCUAGCACCCGCACUGGAGCUCAAGCUUGGAUUAGGGGGCACAUCAUAUGAAGAUUUUAUUCGUAGUGUGCAUCUGCCAAUGCAGUUGAGUCAGGUUGAUCCAAUAGUAGCAUCAUUUUCUGGAGGAGCGGUUGGAGUGAUUUCUGCAUUGAUGGUGGUUGAGAUAAACAAUGUAAAACAACAGGAGCAUAAAAGAUGCAAAUAUUGCCUUGGAACUGGAUAUCUUGCUUGUGCUCGUUGCUCAAACACUGGGUCUCUUGUUCUGAUUGAACCAGUUUCAACGGUUAAUGGCGGAGGUCAGCCUUUGUCUGCCCCCAGAACAGAGAGAUGUUCGAAUUGUUCAGGUUCCGGAAAGGUCAUGUGUCCCACAUGCCUUUGCACUGGAAUGGCUAUGGCCAGUGAACAUGACCCACGCAUUGAUCCAUUUGAUUAGAGUUGCUGCUCUCCCUCUUUUCCAGUCUCAGUGUAUGGUUCAAGUGCUGUAAAUUCUCUGUAAACCCCCCCACCCCCCCUAAAUAGCUCAAAAUGUUUGUGAACAUCAGUGCUGACAAUUGUAUUUGUGGCAGUGUAAGCUCACAUUGCCUCUUAUAUGGUAUGGCUACGGAAGAUUUCCGUCCUUUA